AAGAAACAAAGUUGCUGAAGUGACGUUGCGGGGCGGAAUGAUUGCGGGAAGCUUGAAAUACCCCAUAUAAUCUGAACUCCCACCUGUGUCUUUCCUUCAGCCCCACACAUCAUAACCUUUGCACAAGGCCAGAAUGUUGAACUUCGGUGUACGCAGUAUCGUAAACACGUCUCGCGCGCGGGCACUCCAAGCAACGCGGUCGUACGCGACCAAGAAGGCCUCCCCUAUGACCCUCAAGAACCACAAGUACACCGUACACGCUACCGCUGCUGGACAGGGUCGCAAUGGUGAGGUCAAGUCAUUCGAGGAGACCCCUUUCUCUCUCCGCCUCGCAACGCCCAAGGCUAUGGGCGGCAAGGGUGACGCUCAGAACCCUGAGCAGCUAUUCGCUAUGGGCUACGCAUCAUGUUUCCUCGGGGCCCUGCAGAUGAUGGCAGGCAAGAUGGGAAAGAAAGACGCCGCAAGGAACGCCGUUAUCCACACGACGGUGCAUCUCGGACAGGCGGAGGGGCUUGGUGGGUUCGGGCUGGCCGUGGAUAUAAAGGUCGAGGGUGUGGAAGAUGAGGAACUGAUUAAGGCCGGUCACGAGGCUUGCCCCUACAGUCGCGCGCUCACGCAUGGCGCAGUUGUGAAUGUUUCCAAGGCAUAGUUGGCAUUGUAGAUUUCAUGUGACUUAUGGUUCCGGCGUAUCAGAGAAUGAUGAAAUGUAAUGCACGCUGCACGUACGCUAAACAUAACAUCUUUAAAUUCGUGGCCCAACCAUUA